AUGUUUUCGAAGGUCCCAAAGAUCUACAAUGUCUACUUUUUGGCAAUCAUUGCCACCAUGGGUGGUAUGCUGUUUGGUUUCGAUAUCUCUUCGAUGAGUGCUAUUAUUCCAACCGAUCAAUACAUUGACUACUUCGACAACCCAUCUGGAGUCGUUCAGGGCGCCAUCGGUGCUGCUCUUGCUGCAGGCUCUAUUGUCGGCUCGAUCAUGGCAGGCCCGGUUUCUGAUAAAUUCGGUCGUCGCGAUGCUCUCCUAUUCGCCUGUCUCUGGUGGCUCGCUGGUACUGCUUUGCAAGUCGCUGUAACAGGACGAGGAAUGUUGAUAGCUGGUCGAGUCCUGAACGGAGUAACGGUUGGCAUCACUUCCUCACAGGUACCCGUGUAUCUUGCCGAAAUCUCCAAGCACUCACAGCGUGGUGCAAUCAUCAUCAUUCAGCAACUCGCAAUUGAGUGGGGAAUUCUUCUCAUGUACUUCAUCGGUUACGGUUGUACAUUCAUUCCCGGAGAAACAGCGUCUUUCCGUACCGCUUGGGGCAUCCAAUUUGUACCUUGCGUAAUGUUCAUGAUUGGCCUGCCUUUCCUACCAGAAUCUCCUCGAUGGCUCGCCAAAGUCGAUCGCACAGAGGAAGCAAUCCAGGUCCUUGCAUCCAUCCAGGCCAAUGGCAAUAUCGAAGAUCCAUAUGUCGUUGCUGAGUACGAGGAAAUCAUGACUGUUCUUAUUGCCGAGCGUCAAGCACCGCCGGGAUGGAAGAAAUUUGUCUACAACGGCAUGUGGAAGAGGACUCUUGCUGGCUUUUCCGUGCAGGCGUGGCAGCAGUUGUCUGGAGCAAAUGUCAUGACAUACUACGUCGUUUAUAUCUUCGCAAUGGCUGGUCUCGAAGGCAAUAUCAAGCUUAUUUCGUCAGGCGUGCAAUAUGCGCUCUUCAUCAUCUUCUCCUCCAUCAUGUUCUUCUUUGUUGACAAGUUCGGCCGCCGCACACUCCUCGUUUGGGGAGCAAUUACAAUGGGCAUCUGCCAUUUCGUCGUCGGCGGCGUCCUUGGCGCAAACUACGAAUACAUUCCCGAGGGAGUUGGAGGCGACCGCAACGUCGUCAUGAAAGUCACUGGCUCGCCCGCCAAUACCGUCAUUGCGUUUUCAUACCUUCUGAUCAUUAUCUACGCUCUUACUCUCGCGCCCAUCUGCUGGGUGUACGCCGCGGAAGUGUGGUCGCUUGAGACUCGCGCGUGGGGUAUGGGCAUUGCUGCGACUGGUAACUGGCUCUUCAACUUUGCAAUCGGUCUCUUCAUUCCCCCUGCGUUCCUCAACAUAAAAUGGGGUCUCUUCAUCGUCUUCGGCGUCCUAUGUCUUCUCGCCGCAACCCAAUUCUUCUUCACAUACCCAGAGACCUGCGGCAAAACCCUCGAAGAAAUCGAAGUCCUUUUCAGCAAAGACGGUCCACACGCAUGGCAAACCAAAAAGGGAAGUGAGCAUAUUGGUCAGAAUACAGAGAAUGUGGCUGCGGCUCAGGCCAAACAAGAGGCGCAGGCAAGAAUCGAGAUGUUGGCGAAGAAAGAGAAGGGGGAGACGGCGAAGACAGAGACAGUUUGA